UAUCAACACAAUGCACAACCAUUUCUACGUUUAUUUUCAAAAACAUUAAAAAUAUCUUCAAAAACGUAAGAAAAUUGAAAUGGCAAUCGAAAGGAAAAUUAUCGACCAAGUUUCUGGCUGGCUAACCAUCUACGACGACGGUUUCGUUGAUCGUACAUGGACCGGACCACCACAAUUCAAGUUCUUGUCAGACCCUGUCCUGCCACAUCACAAUUUCAUUGAUGGGGUCGCAAUCAAUGAUGUUGUGAUUGAUGAACAAUCUGAUCUUCGUGUCAGGGUUUAUUUACCACAAAUAAACCCUGACACUGAAAAACUGCCAAUAAUUAUCCACUACCACGGUGGAGGAUUUUGUAUUAGUCAGGCAGACUGGUUCAUGUACUAUAAUAUCUACACACGUCUUGCACGUGAAAUUGGUUGCAUAGUGGUUAGUACAUACCUUCCACUUGCACCUGAACACCGUCUUCCUGCAGCCAUCGACGCUGGCUAUUCCACUCUCCUUUGGCUUCGAGACUUGGCAAACAAGAAAUCCAGUGAACCAUGGUUGUCCACUAAAGGCGACUUUAACCGAGUUUUCCUCAUUGGAGACAGCUCGGGGGCUAACAUAGUCCACCAAGUGGCCAAAAAAGCAGCCAUAGAAAGCCAAAACCUCCAUCCAAUAAGACUAGCUGGUGCAAUACCUAUACACCCAGGGUUUGUCCGGUCCACAAGAAGUAAGUCCGAAUUGGAAAAGCCGCAAUCUCCAAUGCUCACUCUAGACAUGUUGGACAAGUUCUUGGAGCUAGCCUUACCCAAAGGAAGCACGAAAGACCACCCGAUAACAUCCCCAAUGGGAGAACCCGUAUCCGAGCUAGAUUUGCCACCAUAUCUAUUUUGUGUAGCAGAGGAAGAUCUUGUGAUCGAUACUGAAAUGGAAUUUUAUGAAGGAAUGAAAAUAGAUGGAAAAAAGAUUGAGUUGGUGGUGAGUAAUGGAGUUGGACAUAGCUUUUAUCUCAACAAGAUUGCCAUUGAUGUCGACCAGAAAACCUCAGAGGAAACUCGUAAAUUGAUUCAAGUGAUCGCCAACUUUGUUGGAACCCACUAAUUAUUAUAUUCUUAUUCUUAUAAUAAUUGUUGGCUUGUUGCAACUUUAUGUAUUUUCAUCGUUAAUUAUGAUUAUGAAUAAUAAUAUUCACCUUUUGGCUAAUA